AUGGCUCUUACACGCCAGAAUCUUUCUGAUAGUUUGCCGGUGUUUUCUAAUGCUGAAACUACUCUAAAGCAGAUGGGGGUUUGGCUUUGUGGGGUUUGCCUUCAAACUCACUCUUUCCGUUCUAAAUGUCGGCACGAUGGGGAUGUUGUUAUGGAGCCUCCUGAUUGCGAUGACGACCUUGUUAAUUUUAUUAUUUAUGAUAUUCCCAGACCUCCAUCUCUGUCUUUGUUGGUUAUCUCAUCUUAUGCUAGGGUGGAGCUUGUGGGUUUGUCUAUCUCUUUGCUUGAUCGUUUGUUCUCUAUGGGUCUUCGCACUGUGAAAUCUAGCCCUCCUAAGUGUCGUCUUGGGUUCGCGCGGGCUCUGAAAGGUGCUUUGGAUGAUGUGGGUGUUUCUCCUGGUGACCUCUCCUGCUGGAUCUGCUUACUUGUGUUACCUCUUUGUGUGCUUAAGACCUUUUCUCCGUGGAGUAAUCUUGAGUACCGAUCCGCGGUUAGACGCCUUCGUCAGGAGGAGAGUGUUACUAGUGCUAUUCUUGAUUGGGGGGCUAGUAGCGGUUUGAAGCUUUUGUGA